AUGGCUAACAGAAUCGACGUUCACCACCACUUCGUGCCCGACUUCUACGCCGAAGCUGUUAUAAGCUCCGGCGGAGACCCAUCGGGAUGGGAGGUCCCUAAGUGGAGUCCAGUCACUGAUGAUGGUGUGCACGCCAAAUUCGGUAUCUCCACCACUAUUCUCUCACUUACUGCUCCUGGAGCAUGCAUCCUCAAGGACCCCCAAGCUGUGGCCACGCUUGCCCGCAAGACCAAUGAGUAUGCCGCGAAGCUCCGGGAUGAGAACCCAAAGAAGUACGGCUUCCUGGCCGCGCUACCCAACAUCAUGGAUAAGGAGCUCGCCCUCGCCGAGAUAGCCUAUGCCCUUGACGUUCUCAAAGCCGAUGGAGUUACAUUAUUUACGAGGUAUGGCCCGGGCAACCACUACCUCGGUCACCCGGAUUUCAAGGACAUUUGGGCUGAAUUGAAUCGUCGAUCCGCUGUCAUCCUGGUGCAUCCCACCCACCCUGUGGACACGAGCCAAGUGAGCAAUUUGUCCCAGCCUGUCAUUCGAUACCCCAUGGAGACCACGACCACGGCUUUGGACAUGCUUGUGAAUAAAACCGUUCGCAAUAACCCCAACUGCAAGAUCAUCUUAUCGCAUGCUGGGGGAACCCUCCCAUUCCUCAUCAGCCGUCCGGCAAGCAUCCUUCCCAAGGGCCAAGAGGAACUGGACGCCUUUUGGGAUGAUGCCCGCAGUUUCUAUUACGACACGGCGGUGGCCGGGAGUGAAAAUGUGCUUCGGAUUCUAGAGAGAUUUGCGAAGCCGGGCCACAUCCUGUAUGGCAGCGACGCUCCUUAUGCACAUGACGGCAUCAUCGAGUUUCAUACUACGCGCCUUGACGCUUACAAAUUUGAGGACCCAGGCCUGAUUACUCAGAUCAACAGGGAUAAUGCUUUAGCUCUUUUCCCGCGGCUUAGGGAGUAG